AUGACAUCCCCCACACUUUCUCCCGCGCCGUGGCGACGUCGGGAAAUCUUAUCACGCUCGAGCUUUAACUCAUCCAAUCACCCUCUCCAACGCUCUGUCGACCCCAUUACAAGCUACAACACUCUUCGCACCAGCAAUAUCAAUUCAUCGAAUGUAUCGUCGUAUCCGAUACUAGGUCUAUCAAUGUCGGCAGCUCGUAAGCGUCUACUCAAGGCCAUUGAGCGUAAAAUUCAGGAGAAAGAAGACUCGUCCAAUUUGACGACAGAGUUCCGGGACCCGUUUGCAUUGCUGCUGGCGCUUUGUGCCUCAUUUCGCUUUGCAGAUGCCGCUAGACGUGUUGUUGAAGCGGAGAGAGACCAUGCCUCUUCUGCAGUGGCUGAAGGGCUGUUUCUAGUGGCCGCUGCCGUGGGAAAUUUCCUCCUUAAUAUGAUGCAGAAGCGUCGCCAUCACGCAGAAAUGGCCGAGAGAGCUCGAGUUGCAGUGCAGCAGAUGUUGCGAGAUAGUGACAAAAAGAUGAAACAGAAGGAGCAGGACCAAGUGCCACCCGCCUGGCUUGGGUCUGGAACUCAGCCGACGGUUCUCUUGCCGUCGAAUAGCUACGUUACGUGCUACAGAGACAAUCAAUGGCAACGAAUGCCUAUGAAUUUGUUAGUGAAAGGAGAUAUUGUCGGCUUGAUGAGUGGAGAUAUUGCUCCGGGAAGAGUUCGACCCGUCGAAGUGGACGAGAAUGAAGAACAGCCGGUGUAUUUAAGAGGAUGUAAACUGCCUCCGUGGACUACAAGGCAUGCAAAAGACAUGACAAGGUGUACAGCAACGUUUGACCCGCCGUUGUUACUAGAGUUGUGUGGUGAGAUGCGAAUAUUCGAAGUGAUGGAGACGCCGGUGGUGCGAGAUGUUGAAAACGCUCUUUUUCAUAUUAACAGGCCCGUGACACCGACACAGAAGCUGCAGGCACAAGCAAGACGUAUAGCGGUGUAUAUAUGCACGUUAUACUCGGCCUUGGUGCUUGCAGCGAUUGGACUUCGCGCGGCUGUGCAGCACCGGUCGCUUGAAACUACUCUUACGCACAUUCUCCUCGGGCCAAUGGGCAUUUGGUUGUGUUUCGCCUCACUCAAUACACCGUUGGUUCUGUUUGUUGCCGAAGCGGCUGCCACUGCGUCUAUCUUAGGCUCUUUUGACAGCAUCUUGGUCCCGAAUGAAUCUAAUAAGCAAGUGUCAAAGGAGACUGCAGAAAACGACGAUGAUUACACUGAGAAGCAAGUACAAGAGGGGACUGUGCCGGACGUAGAUAAAGGGACUUCAAAGGCAUUUAAGAAAAAAAGGGAAAAUAGUACUCGUAUCGACAGCGCAAUGGCGUCGAUUUUAAAAGCGACAGUGCUGGUGCCACCCGACGUUUACGACGUUGAAGACCGAGAGAGACUGCGCUCAGAAAAGGCUCAAAAGCAAUCUGCCAUUAUGCGGUCGCUUCAAUACUUUUGGAUUGUGCUUCGCUUUCGUAUAAUGCGCUGUGAUCGCGCACAUGUGUCUGAUUGGCGACAUCUACCUGUACCAUUCCGCUCUUUUCGAUUGCUGGAGCGUUUGGGAAACAUCACAAUGUUAUGUUGCUUCGACGAUGAUAUUUUAUGCGAGCAAACGCCGUCCGUGGAGGAGAUUUUUCUCCUUAACGACAAGCAGAACAACAACUCGACGGUUCUAGAUCUGCAUGCUGAGCGCCAUUGUGACACUGGACUUAAGUUUGAAGACCCAAAGUGGAAGCAGUACUUACCGUCACUAAAGCCAAUCGGGUUAGCGAUCAUGGUAAACGACAACGAAAACCCAGCACGACAUUACGAUGAGAAUAUGCGCUAUCUAGUGAAUGAAGGGCUUUAUUCGGGCGAUGAUAGAGGAACACGGGAUCCAUAUUUGCGAAGCUGCAUGCAGCGUCUAUCGGCUCACAUUCGAAUGCUGCCGUUUCCAAAACAUUUGCUAAACCUUUCUCGAGAAAUGGGCUUUUCUAUCGCUGAUGAUUUGACGACGUUUCAAAGACGGCAGUCCAUUCAUAUUAUCUGUCCUCGACUGGCGCAUCAUGAACACAUGAACGACCACCACGACCAGGGCCAAGAAGAUACACGAUAUCGGGGCAAUCUCAAGUCACACCUCUAUUCAACAGUGAUACUUGACAAGCGUUCACAUCGCCAUCAAUUACUGUCACGUGGCCACCCUACGGUCGCGCUGGCUCACUGCAGCGAAUAUUGGGAUGGUAAGUCCAUAUGCCCACUGACAAAUGAGAAACAACGCGCCAUUCUCGAUAUGUAUAACCAAUGGCGCGUUGAGGAUCUGGAAUGCAUUGCAUUUUCGUACGUUCCUGUCCCUCACAAGCUCAAUAAUCUCUUUACCCGCAAUAGUUCAAGCAGCGAUGGCGACAACCUUCUCGACUUACCCGGUGCUGGCUCCACUGGAGCUACGCUGCCACCUGUGUAUCUUGUAGAUGACAGCACGACCAGUGAAUUGAACUCUCCACAGUCGAUGGCGAGACGAAAUAGCGUGCCAUUCUCUAGCACCAUGAGUGAAGAUCAGGGAUACGGACAAGACUGCCGACGCCAAAAGCAUUCUAUAAUGUCACCACCAGCCACGCCAAAAUCGAUUGACGAUUUGGCGGUAGACCAGGGUUUGAUCUUAGGGGCACGAGCAGCUAAGUCAACGGGAGCUCCUCCAUGCGAGCAAGCAGCACCACUUUCCAGAAGACGUGGAAACUUGACGUUAAGUGACUUUGACCUGUCCACGGGGCAGCAGCCAUCCGACACGAGCUCCAUUGAGAAAGAGUCAAUGCUCUGGCGCAUUCAGGAUGACCAGAUCUUUUUGGGCAUGGUUGCAACAGGAGUCCAGCCAAAGCAAUAUAUUCCUGACUUUAUUGAAGACUUGAAUGCUUGUGGCAUUCGCUUCGUGUACUUCUCUCCACGCAAUAUGCGCAGAAGCAAACUACUUGCCGAGAAGAUGGGUAUCGAGACGGACUGGAAUUGCGCUAUAUCACUGCGCUCACUUAACAGCGACGGCCCCGACCCUCAUCGCAUGACUUCAAAUUACUCGGAUUGGGACGUGAAAGCUCGCCUGCCGCAUGGUGUAGACGAUAUAAAGCGACACCUGGAGGAAGUGGAUAAUGUGCCAUUAUUGGUGUCGCUUUAUACGGACAGUACGCCAGAAACGAUCAGCGAGAUGAUUUCUAUCUUUCAAGAAAACCAUGAAGUAGUCAUGGGUGUUGGGUCUUCUUUGAAAGAAAGCAACGCACCUCUAUUUUCAAAGGCAGAUUUGGCGGUGGCAUUACAGGGUGGCGUCCAAGCAUUUUUCGAUAAGCCAAUUCCUCGUGGAAAAGAGCUUUCUGUGUUUUCCGACGAUGAUAUUCAGUUUAGUCACAUUCUGAACACGCUGGCGUGUGCUUUUCGCCUGAGGAGUGCCCCAGAGGAUGCACGAAACUGUACCUCAGAUUCUGUGGAUAGCAAGGAUGAUGCCACUACGGGCGCAACAGCUACUGUGGCCCAUCUACUCGAACUUAUCCGGCUGGGACGGCGCGUGCUUACCAAUUUUAAUCAGAUGAACACAUUUAUCUUCGUGUCGCAGCUUUUCAUCGCCACGGUCAUCCUUGCCUCAUAUGCUAUACCUUUUCCGCAUGCGCCCCAGCUGAGCUGCUCGUCGAUUUUCUGGUUGUUGUGGGUAUUGGUGCCGGCACUCAGUCUCUCCAUGCUUGCCUCCGUAAGCGAGAAGGACACCAUGAAAAAGACUCCGCGCAAGAACGCAGAGUGUGAUAUGGAGGAUGAUCUGCCGCGGUUGAUCGUCUAUUUUUUAAUACGCCAUGUGCCGUCCGUGUUGCUAUCAAUUGCCGUCUUUGAGUGCUUGCUUGGUUUUUCUCUUCAAGCGUCAAGCCUUUCCGACCCGAACGCUUUCGGGAGCGGGAGAUUUCAUAACUUCCGAUGGAUGGAUUUCAUGUUUGACAACGAACUAAUGACGGUAAGGCCCCGACCAGCUACUGUUGCUGCUGCAAUGGAUCGCGCUGAAGCCGGUAUGCUGCUGUCGAUUGGCAUCUGUAUCGUGGCCUCGUCUUGCGGAUACCUAUACCGAUGCGAGAGUAUAUUUAUAGUAUCCCCAUUUCAAAACAUCAUGUGGGUGACCGUAGCGUCCGUGCUGGUAUGCUUGCAAUUAAUACUCAGCACGCUCCGUGCAGGAAUCGUUGGUGCCGAUGAAGUCCUUCUUUGGCAUUUUGUGAGCGAGUCAGUCCCUCGGGUUUUCUGGGUUUUAACUGUGGGCGUGUGGCCACUGGUUAUAAUAUGCGUAGAUGAAGCCGUAAAGAUGCAUGACAAACGGCACCUUGUGCGCUACAACAAGUUCCUUCGGAUGCAGUUUGACACGCGUCUUGGCAUGUGGAGCCCUAAAUAA